GUGUGCUAUAGUUGCGACCCUUUAACUUGUAAGGAAAAAGCAGUUUGCACGUCUCCUAACAACGAAGUAUGUUGUCUAGAAAAUGCUCCUUCCGAAAGAGCAAUAUGCGAACUCCGACCGAAUUUAGCGACGAAUGAUCCUCUGUUGAUCAUUGAGUAUAACCAGCCGGGCUUGGCUGUCAGAAAUAUCACGGAGGCUGACGUUGCCCAGCUCAUUCGCGGCACUCCGGGGUAUAGGGUGAAUGAUAUAUUCCCUAACAGCCCAACCCCACGCCUACAAUCAAACAUGGUCUUUUCGUUAAACAGUGGACAAUUAGUCUCAGAUGUUUUAGAAAAG